AUGAGCAUUCAACUGUUGAUGUUCAUCAAUAUGUCAAUAGCCUAUAAUGAUGGAAUUGAGCGGGUGAUUUGGUGGAGCUACGGUAUCGAGAUCCUGUUGUUGUCGCUUAUGUUUAUCAUUGCCCCAAUCUCGCUAUAUAUCUUUUCGACUAUUUCGGUCUUCCACAAGAACCUUGUCUUGAUCACCGGUAAGGCUCUUCCUCACUUCUAUAUCUAUGCAAUCUCUCGUCUAACGAUGAUUUUCUAUGAAACCGGUUUCAUUGGUGUGCUGGUUGAGCGAUCGAUGGCCACUGUAUACUUUGCCACCUAUGAAUUCAAUCACCGCCGCUCCGUGCUUCUCUGGUUCAUUUUUAUUGGAAUUCCCCUAUCAUUUAUCCUCAAUUCGUGCUAUUUUUUCGCCAUCUCCUUUUUCACGCAAGACUUCAUGGGCUGGCUUGAGAUGAGCGUUUCUUUCAGUUGUGGAGUGGGAACUUAUUUCUUAUCAAACGCCAAUGCGAAUCGGAUAAAGGAACUUCAUUUGAAUGGAUAUACACUGAAUAAAAGAUAUCAGCUGACUGUCAAUGUGAAAGCAAUAAAGGUGAUCAUCCUCUACAUUCUCCACACUGCAUUCAACAACAUUCUGUUUUCUAUUUUGCACCUACUGCACACAUCCACUUCUUCUUCGUUUAUUCGCAACAUUCUGGGAAUUGUGAUCAAUGUGCAAUUGGCAUUUCAACUUUUUAUCUUCAGCUUUAUUGGGCUCGUCUGGAACCGACAAAUAUUUGAGCUUUCGAAGAAAAAAUUUCUGGAAAAAUUUUAUGGAAUGAUAAUUUUCCGUCGAGACGCGCAUCAAAAUGCUUCCACUUCUCGAUAUGCUAGUGAACGGGUUGUUGAUUGUAAUGGCAAGGAAAUGUACACCGGUGCCAGUCAAAAUGAUUACUUCAACCAAUUGAAUUCACAAUGGGGACCC